GCACACAAUAAAUACAUCCACCCCGAAAUGCAAAAACAUCAGAGGAGGUUCCUGCCCCCAGGGCUCCGAGCAGAGCAGGCUCAGGCAGGAGAGCAGCAGGAUGAGGCUGCUUCUCUUGCUAGCUGUGCUUUGUGGUGGAGUAAACAGCAGCAUUGUGCUGCAGAAAAUGUACGGGAGGAUCACAUCUCCUAACUUCCCCAGUACCUACCCAAAUCACAAGGAGAGAACGUGGAAUGUUACCGUCCCCAGAGGAUAUGCUGUCCGCAUCUACUUCACCCACUUCAACCUGGAGCUGUCCUACCAGUGUGAAUACGAUUACGUGAAGCUAAGCUCCAAUGGGAAGACCUUGGCCACGCUGUGCGGACGGGAUAGUACUGACACCGAGGAGGCUCCAGGCAACAAAACAUACAUCUCUACUGACAACACCCUCAUGGUUGUAUUUCGGUCUGACUACUCCAAUGAGAAGCCGUUCACGGGCUUUGAGGCCUUCUAUGCUGCUGAAGAUAUCGAUGAGUGCAAACAGCUGUUUGAUGGUGAGCCCCUCUGCAAUCAUUUCUGUCACAACUAUGUGGGGGGCUACUAUUGCAGCUGUCGGAUUGGUUACAUACUGCAUGAGAACAAGAGGACGUGCACAGCCCAGUGUCAGAACCAAGUUUUUACUCAAAGAACUGGAGAAAUUGCCAGCCCUGACUAUCCAGCACCUUAUCCCCCAUUCAGCACCUGCAGCUACAGUAUCCAGGUAGAAGAUGGCUUUCUGAUCACAUUGGAAUUCGUGGAGACCUUUAAUGUGGAGGCACACCCCGAGGUGCUGUGCCCCUAUGAUGUACUCAAGAUUGAAACACACAAAAAGCAGUUUGGCCCAUUCUGCGGGAAGACUUUGCCUGCAAAAAUUGAGACACAGACCAGUGUUGUAAAUAUUACUUUCAUAACUGACAUGUCAGGAGCACACACUGGAUGGAAGGUGAAAUACACAGCAGCAGGUUUGCCGUGCCCCAGUCCUGAAGCACCACCCUAUGGCCGCAUCGCACCAGUGCAAGCACGGUACACCGUGGGUGACCACUAUGUGCUCUCUUGCGACAUUGGAUACGUGCUGCUUGAAAAUGAAAAUGUUGUGAUGUCUUUUGUAGCAGAAUGUCAAAAGAAUGCUUCUUGGAACAAACCCAUGGCAAAGUGCAUCAUUGUUGACUGCGGCCAGCCUGCGGACAUAGACAGCGGCGCCAUUGUGUACCUCACGGGGCCUGAGAAGACAACCUACAGUGCUGCCAUUCAGUACCAGUGUGCAGCCCCCUUCUACACCAUGAGGGCUGACAGCAGCGGUAAAUAUAUAUGCAGUGAUGAUGGAUUUUGGAAGAACACCAAGGGAGAAGUAACACUGCCUGUCUGUGAACCAGUCUGUGGGAUGCAAAGAACUGGAGCUGUAGAACGUAUUUAUGGAGGAAGGAGAGCCAACCCUGGACAAUUUCCAUGCUUUGUGGAUUCCUGUAGGACUGCAGCAUUACCAGCUAGCGUUUGAACGAACACGUCCAGAGAAAGCAGGCAGAGCAGCACCAAGGUACCUUAAACCACUGUAGUGGAUGGGAAGUUGAAGAGUCCCAGUAGCCCUACGUACCUGGGGAGCACACGUACAGAGAAACCUCUCAGGCUCCCUAGGUUACUGCUGUACUGAAGUGCAGGCACAGCUGCACAACCGUAACCCUAAAGGCCUUCAUGCUGUCAGCUGUAAAAACCAUUUCUCUUAAUAUAGCUUUAGAACAGAACAAGCUUUCACAUUCGGGUAUAUAAAAUACAUAAUAUCAGUACAGUCAAGAACUACUUGGAAGUAGAGUUAUGCGUGUUCUGCAGUAACUGGUUUUUAUCAAGCAUGCCCAAAUGGUAUAUCCUUAUCUGAUAAUGUAAAGAGACUGUCUCUCUUUUAUCUCACAUUCUCUUCUGAGCUGAGUUAUUCUAGAAAUACUGAAGCCUUCUUAAAAAAAACAAGACUGACCACUUCAAUAUGUAAUCAAUAGUAUUUUAUUUACUCGCUUAUAAACACUGGAGUAUGCAAAGCAGUUAGAAAAUAGCACUAAAACUUGAAAACUCUUCAAAAACCUUCAACGAUUUUGCUUGAGGGUCAGGAAAGUCUGAAGUUAUCAGAGGAUUACUCAGCACCGCCAACCCACCUCUUAAAGCCUAAACCUGGGCUUAAGACAAUUGAAAAAAAUAAAAAUAAAGCCAUGCUAAUCACAAAAACUUACCAUAAAGUUCCUUGCAGGGAUGUCACAGUUAGUCUUUGGAGGUCCAAGAAUACCAUUUUUAAGUGUUACUCAGCAGAAGUAGCUGGUAAUAGUGCAAGUGCUAAAAUGCAAAAUUCACAAUGGUACAGAGUUUGGAUAUUAUUCUGACUUAAGUGCAGAAAAAAAGACUUAAGCAACUUUUUGCAGUGGGAUAUGAACAAGCACAGGAUUAAUUUUCAGCCUGUUUUUUGCAACCCCUCUUCAAACCACUUUAGGUAUACAUUGAGACCCAGCUGAUUUAGUAUUGCAAUUAAAAUGGAAAACUAACAGUA